UUUAUUAGGAACAAUAGUUUUUAUCCCAUGGGUUGUUUCCACUCAAUUCGACCUCUCUAAUAAGGACACCUCUCUAUUCAAGAUAGCACUUGACAGUCUUGAAGGGCGUCCUUGAUAGAGAGGUUCUCCUGUGAUAAGUAUAUUUGGUGACAUAGAAUGUAAUAGGUUUUAUUCUGGAAGUUCAGAAAGCCAUAUUUGUUGUGAUCCGAUUUAGAGGCCAACUAUCACAUUGAUUUACUGGUGCAGACUGAAGAGGGAACGGCGUGGUCACCCCCAUCAGCAGGUGAGGUGGCCUCUCGUAUAUACUCGUAGGCUAAUCAUUCGUGUGAAACUAAUAAAGUCAUCCUCAAAGCUGCUUGGGAUCUGAUGGUGCAGGCAGUGGUAGCUAGCUGAUACAACCUAUAUCCCGAAGACAAGCUCACCUGGGACGGUACAACCAUAUGAACGACGGGCGCCUCUGCUAAUCAUCAAAUUAAGAAAUGACGCGAUUCCUUGAUGUACGGCGGCAAACAUUUGGAACAUUAUAAAAAGCUUUAGAUCCAGUGACAAUGUUGGCGACGCAACGAAUGUACGCCGGUGACGAGGUGACCGAGGCGACAGCACUUCUAGAGAAUGUCGGCAGGUUUGACAAACUGGCGAGAGAAUGCCAGGACAACUAUGUUAAGGCAGAAGAUAAAGACGCUGCCCUGCAGCAGACGAGAGACCAGACCAUCACUUCCCUAGCAACCGUGGUAGCCCAGGUAAACAAGAUGGCCACCAAGUUCUUACAGAUUCUGGAGUCGCAAGAGACGAAGCUGGCAGAAAUGGACAGUAGUCUUGGCUAUUUAGCAGAGGAGAUGAGUAGAAAGAGCUACCAGCAGACGUUCAACGCCCUCAAGGGGUUCACCACAUCCAAGAUGCCUCCGAGUAAACUCUGGGCUUCCCCCGAGAAAGGCAUCAUCUUCCCUGAAUGCAAGGAGGAGAGAAUUAGAUACAUGAGGAAGACGAAUAUUGACUACUCGAGUUUGGAUGGUAUUGGUGCAGGGGCGAAGGAUGCGCCUACCCCUGGCCUGUCAUCAGGACCUGUCUAUGUGUUUGAAGAUGGCUCUGAAUAUGCGACAUUACGAGUGAAAGCCAGUCCUGCACGUGUAGGGCUCGACACUUCAGGAGGCUCAUUUAUUCCUCCAGUUAAAGAACCUGAUGAAAAUGAACAACAACCAGGCAAUGUCCCUCAUGCAGCACCACGACCCUCUGCACCACCACCAUCACAACCCUGUGUAUGCUCCUGGUCACCACCACAACCAACCUCACUCCCACCACUGCCAACCUCACCCCCACCACCACCACCACUAACAACCUUGCCUCCUCCACCCCUGAUGAGUUCAUCUCCAAUCCUACACGAUGAAGCCUUCCAAUCAUUUAGGAGUAAGUCAAGGGAUCAUGAUGAAGACCCAGAAGUGGCAAUUCAACCAUGCAUCACCCCUCAGGGGCCUCCUCCACCCCCACCCACGACCAGACCACCAUCAUUGCCACCACCCCCACCCACGACCAGACCACCAUCAUUGCCACCACCCCCACCCACGACCAGACCACCUCCCUCCUCACCUGCUGAUCAAGGUUAUCCUUCUUUUACAGAUUCUGAAGACAGUCUCGAGCAAGCACGGGUGCCUGAAUCAGACGACGUCCCACCAGCACCGGCAACUCCUGGGAUAGGAUCCUCUGCAGUUCCUACCGCCCCACCUCCACCAACAAUAGGUGGAGCCCCUACUGCUCCCCCGCCUCCUCUAUUGAGAAGUUCAGGACCAACGACGGCGGCACCAGUUGCACCACCACCGCCUCCUAUUGGAGGGGCUCCUCAACCCCUUCCUGCGGAGAGUAUGAAGGCACCAAGUGCACCAGCUCAACCACCAGGUGGUGUGCCGUGUGCUCCCCCUCCUCCUCCUAUUGGUGGUGGACCUCCUGCCCCACCUCCCCCUCCAAUAGGAGGUGGUCCUCCAGCACCACCACCACCACCAGGAGGUUGUCCACCACCUCCACCACCACCACCACCAGGAGGUUGUCCACCACCUCCACCACCACCACCACCAGGAGGUUGUCCACCACCUCCACCACCUCCACCACCAAUUGGUGGCACAGCGAUCAAGAAGACGACCCCAUCUGGUGGAGCAUCACAACCUGCCAAGCGACCGCCUGCUGCUCCACAGAUCGACUUCAUGUCGCAACUGAAGGGAGCAUUGAAUAAGAAGAAAACAGAUGUUGAGCCGGAGCCACAAUCAAUACCAGAGAAGGAAGCUGUGUUCAAGCCAGUGUCAGAAUCCCCCAAAGAUGAGCCCGUCAACUUUGAUUCUCUGCCGACUCCUACACCAGGAUUGACGUCUGAUGAUCCUGGUAAACUACGAUCAAGGUCGACCAGCUCAGUCACACUGGAGAACCUCCCCGAGUGGGUUCCUGCCGAAUAUCUUGAGAAAGUGACAGCUCUCUAUGACUAUGCUAAAGAGGCAGAAGAUGAGCUUGCAUUCUCCGAAGGUGACGUGAUAUAUGUGACAGGCCGCGACGACUCCGGAUGGUGGCACGGUCACUGCAAUGGCGCAUCCGGAUUCUUCCCACACAACUAUAUCCAAUCGGAAGUGGAAGCGCGUAAGACAAGUCUUUACUCACAAGUCCGCCAGUCGGCUGCCGAGGAGCUACGCCAGUCAUUCUUUGCUGAAGUGUAGAGACAUUGGAAGCGAAUUCAUUGAGGAUUGAACUUUGAAAAUUGCUUAGAACCAAUAGGGGAGUGUGGGAGGGGGGGGGGGGGGGGGUGAUUGAAGCUUUCAGUGACUGUGCAGUCAUUACUUAUCCAGGGGGAAGUGUCUUCCAUUACCCUGCAGUGAUCAUCGGCAGUCUGAACACCAUCUACUCAAGUCUUGUGGCUCAAAACUGGUGCUGCGUAUUCAAACCUGGCUCUGCCCUUGGUACCAACAAGGCAUGUGCCACAUCAAGACUUCAUGUCAAGUAUAAUCACACCUCGUCGUGAUGAUGCCAGCAUCACACCUCGUCGUGAUGAUGCCAGCAGCGCAAGAUGGAGACCCAAGUCACAUCAGCUGAUCAAUGUGAUAUUAUAAUAGGCUAAAUUAGAUCUUGUAUAUGUUGUGUGAGAACAAGUAUUAAUUAUUGAGAUGACAACCUUUCUCGGCAGCAAACAGCAGAGUGUUGGCACUAGGAUAUCCAGGAUUUUAUAUUUCUCAUUAGCUGAACAUGCAAUGAACUUGUAAUAUUGAAAGAAAAUAUUAUUAAAGGAAUAAAUUUAUAUCAUUUCA